UAGUGAAGAGACUGUAAACAAGCAGAAGGGAGAAGAAGGGCAGAGGCAAACAGAAAAGGAAGAAGGGACUCUUGUGUCGCCUCUGGAUGCUGGAAACAUCAAACCCAGGGAAGUUAUACCCCUCUGUUAGGCUGAAGACGUUUGCAGAUCAAAAGAAGAGUGUUUCAUAGCGCACGUAAACAUCAACCUUCAAACUACAGGUUUGGAGUUGAUCCAGAAUGCAGUCCUACCUUGCUCUGCUGCUGGGGAUUGUGGCCUCUGCUACUUCAGCAGAAUGGAGGCGUCCGGUGAUCAAGUUCAACUCUAAGGUGGUGGUGAGUUCUGAGGUUGUGGUCAAACCUGGGACGCCUCUGGAUCUGAGGUGUGAGGGUGACGGGAAUGUAAACUGGCAAACCAGGCUAGCCAAACACAGACACUUCGUGUCCAAGGGCAACGGGAACGUCCGCACCUUAAAGGUGGAACGUCCCUCUGCAGAAUUCACUGGAACAUACAAGUGUUUUUACAUUUCUCGGUCUCAGCAUCGUGACCUGACCUCCUCAGUGCAUGUGUACGUAAAAGAUCCGAACCGUGUGUUCUGGACCAGCAGCACAUCCCUGCGGGUGGUGAAGAAAGAGGAUGAGGACUACCUGAUGCCCUGCCUGCUGACCGACCCAACAGCUACAGACCUGGGCCUUCGCAUGGACAAUGGCACCACCGUGCCACCAGGGAUGAACUUCACAAUUGACCGGCACCGUGGUAUUCUCAUCCACAGCCUCCGCCCCAGUUUCACCGCUGACUAUGUCUGCACUGCCAAGGUCAACGGAGUGGAGAGGACCUCCAGGGCCUUUUCCAUCAACGUCAUUCAAAAGCUUCGUUUCCCUCCAUAUGUGUUCUUGGAGACAGAUGAAUAUGUGCGCAUCGUUGGGGAGGAACUCAAGAUUCACUGCACCACACACAACCCCAACUUCAACUACAAUGUCACCUGGAAAUACACCACCAAGUCGAAACCAACCAUCGAGGAGAAGGUUCGCUCCAGUGGAGAAAACCGCCUGGACAUACAGAGCACAUUCACCAUCCCUGCUGUGGACCUUGCAGACACAGGAAAUAUUUCCUGCAUUGGUGUUAAUGAAGCAGGGGUGAACAGUUCAACCACAUACCUGCUGGUUGUGGACAAGCCCUACAUCAGACUCUUGCCCCAGCUGUCCCCUAAACUGGCCCACCAGGGUCUUUUGGUUGAGGUGAACGAGGGAGAAGAUCUGGAGCUCAGUGUGCUCAUCGAAGCUUACCCUCACAUCACAGAGCACAGAUGGCACACACCAACAUCUCCCAAUACAUCCACACAGGAGCACAAGUUCAUCCGAUACAACAACAGAUACCAUGCAACUCUGCAGCUGAAGAGAAUGAAUGCACAGGAGCAGGGCGAGUACACCUUUUAUGCCAAGAGUGACUUGGCCAAUGCAUCCAUCACGUUCCAAGUCCAAAUGUAUCAGAGACCUGUUGCAGUGGUGAGAUGGGAAAAUGUAACCACACUCACUUGCACUUCAUUUGGCUAUCCUGCUCCCAGAAUCAUCUGGUACCAGUGUUUUGGGAUCCGAUCUACGUGCAAUGAAAACACGACAGGGCUGCAGAUGGCGAUCCCUCUCCAGGCUCCCACAGUGGAAGUCCAGAGGGAGGAGUACGGGGCCGUGGAGGUGGAGAGCGUGCUCAUUGUGGGGCCAUCCAGUCAGAGGAUGACGGUGGAGUGUGUGGCCUUCAACCUCGUCGGCGUCAGCAGCGACACUUUUGCCAUGGAUGUUUCUGAUAAACUCUUCAUUUCCAUUUUGAUUGGAGCAGCAGGAAUUCUGGCCAUCCUCCUUGUGCUACUGAUUUUUCUGUUUUACAAAUAUAAGCAGAAACCCAGGUAUGAGAUCCGUUGGAAGAUCAUUGAGGCGAGAGAUGGAAACAACUACACCUUUAUUGACCCCACUCAGCUGCCUUACAAUGAGAAGUGGGAGUUCCCAAGAGACAAGCUAAAGCUAGGGAAGAUCCUGGGUGCAGGAGCUUUUGGAAAGGUUGUCGAGGCCACAGCCUACGGUUUGGGAGAGGAAGACAAUGUGAUACGUGUGGCUGUGAAAAUGUUAAAAGCCAGUGCCCAUUCAGAUGAGAGGGAGGCUCUGAUGUCUGAACUGAAGAUCCUGAGCCACCUGGGACACCACAAGAACAUCGUCAAUCUACUGGGUGCCUGCACCUACGGAGGACCAGUGCUUGUGAUCACUGAGUACUGCAGCCUUGGCGACCUCCUGAACUUCCUUCGCCAGAAGGCAGAGACAUUUGUGAACUUUGUUAUGAACAUUCCUGACAUUGUGGAGAGCUCAAAUGACUACAAGAACAUCUGCAAUCAGAAACAGUUCAUCAGAAGUGACAGUGGGAUCUCCAGUGCAACAUCAGGUAGUUACAUGGAAAUGAGGCCCAGCCAGCUGCCAAAUAUAGAAUCAUCCCAAGACUCUGUGUGUGAGGAGACUGGUGACUGGCCGCUGGACAUAGAUGACUUGCUGAGGUUUUCCUUUCAAGUGGCUCAGGGCCUCGACUUUUUGGCUGCUAGAAAUUGUAUUCACAGAGACGUGGCAGCUAGAAAUGUUCUCUUGACCAACCGCAGAGAGGCCAAGAUUUGUGACUUCGGCCUGGCACGUGACAUCAUGAAUGACUCCAACUACGUGGUGAAGGGCAAUGCACGUCUGCCAGUGAAGUGGAUGGCUCCUGAGAGUAUUUUUGACUGCGUGUACACUGUACAGAGUGAUGUCUGGUCCUAUGGCAUCCUCCUUUGGGAGAUCUUCUCUUUAGGCAAGAGUCCCUACCCCAGCAUGGCUGUGGACUCCAGGUUCUACAAGAUGGUGAAACGUGGCUACCAGAUGUCCCAACCAGACUUUGCCCCACCUGAAAUCUACAUGAUCAUGAAGAUGUGCUGGAAUCUGGAGCCCACAGAGCGUCCAACAUUCAGCAAGAUCAGCCAGAUGAUAGAGACACUACUUCGGGACCAACCUGAGCAGGAACAGCUAAUCUACCAGAAUGUGCAGCAGCAGGUCACGGAGGGUGAACAGUGUGACGAGCCCAAGUGCUGUGACGGCCCCUGUGACCAGUCUUGUGACCACGGGGAAGAGGAGCAGCCUCUGAUGAAGACCAACAACUACCAGUUUUGUUAAAAGCCCUAACCGCCGAUCAAUCAGUUAAUCAUCAACAAGCGACAAGCAAACUCAUCAAUAAGCAUCAGGAAAGUAGAAUAGGCUGCAAAGUACCACAGCUUGUUCCAACCACUGGACAGUUGCACAGAGUUGCGUUCACAGCUAUUUUUUGCUGUUUGUGCCUGCUCGCCAGACAGACAAGCAGCUGCAGCAAGCAUGUGACUUGCUUCUUUGCAGACCAUGACUAGAAAUUGCCACGUCUCGCACCGACUGCAGACAUGAAAGGAGGAAACAUGUCGACAAAUCACACAAACAUCCCAAAGCUGUACCUUAUCCUAAACGUAAUGCUCUCACAGACUGUUUGUCUCUCCUGCUGUUACACUUUAUCCGAAGGAGACAAAAGCUGUUUGUCAUUUCUUCUCUGAGUGUUUUUAAUUAUGUAUUGUACACUAUGUUCAUUACUUUUUCUUUUUUUUUUUUUAAUCACUGCCCCCUUGAAUGUUAAUGUCUUGUUUUUAUGGAUAUUUCUGUCAUUUUUGUCAGCAGGUUCACUUCCUUUUUUUUUUAUCACUUUAUUGCAUGUAUGGUUUUCUCAGAGGAAGUAAGCCAACAAACAGUCACAAACACUGGAUCCAAAACUGUGAGAGCUGAGCUACCUAUCUUUAUGUUAUGUGUCAUUUAAGGUUGUUGUUUUUUUUCCUCUGAACACCUUUACUGAACAUCUAAACAACACAAGUGUUUUCCCCUGGUUUUAACAUGCUAAAUUAACUGUGGAGAAGGCAAAGAAUGACCAUGUUGUUUUCCUCUCCGUGCUUUGGUCAUAGCUGUAUUACUUGUGACACACUUACAGUAGCUGUCAGUUGCUGGCAUACAUGUGAUUGUUCCACUUCAUUCUAACUAAUUAACCAGUGUUCAGUGUGAUUUAGGAGCAAAGAAUACAACUGAAAUGAACAGGGAAAUCCAUAGAUCAGUGAUGGAGCAGAUGAACAAUGAUUCAUGUCUGACAAUGUGAACGUUUUUUUUUUUCUCCUUUCUUUUUUUUGCGCGGCACAACUUAAUCUUCUCAUUUCCUGUAAAGUUAGACGAGUGUUAGGAUGUGAGCUUCACCGACGUCUAUAUGUAGCAGUCAGCCUACACUGCCAAAUGUAUGACAAUUUCAGAAUAACAUAUAAGCUAUGUGAGAGAUACAGAUCGCAAAAUUGUAUGACUCCAGGCAUUUCAAAUGUGCUUGCAUCUGAAUGGAACACAAGUGAGAUGUCUAAUAAUGUACAUAUCUCAUGAUGUAAAUCAAGAAUUAUCUUUAUUUUCGCUGAAAUGUUGUAGAGUAGAUGGUAGUACAUCAAUAUUUCAUGUAUAUGUUGUGUGUGUUUUUGUGCAAAUGAGACAAUCAAUGCAAAAGCUGCAAAUUAAAUCAAUGAAUAACUGCACACGUGUUGAAUAAAGCUGUACCACUGAAACUCCA